AGUUGAUGCCAAAACGGGCAGAACCGUAUUACAACUGGGCUACGAAAGCUAUAUUAAAAAUAAGAUUGCAUAAUACCGUUGCGUUGGGCGAACAUAAUGUGAUAUGCAAAAUAAGGCCUUUCAAUGAAUAGUCAAUUGCAUGUUCAACGAUAAAAGGAAACGUCGGAUGGGGUAUUAACAGGUUAAAGGAUUAUUUUCUAGUGGUUAUAUGGAGCGCAAUUUGACACGUCGACAGAAAGUGGUUAUAUAUGUCGUUUUGCACGUAUACGAAGGGCGGAUGCUAGCACAGCCAUAUUGCGUUGUGUGCCUGUGAAUUGUGUGCUGCUGCAUUGAGCGUGUACUGUUCUGCUCCUAUGAAAUGAAGGCAUCCUUUUGGGGUCUAGAUCCGUAAGCGCAACUGGGACAGAUCGAUUGGACUAGGACCAGGACCAGGUAUCCCAAGUUGGUCCAAAGCGUGAGCUGUGUGAGUUAACCAUGUAAUCAUGGUACUAACACCUUGAGAAGUGUGGAACACGGAAGAGACCAAUACAGUGCCAUUUUUGAUCAACCUAACGAACAACCUACAAUCUGUGUGCAUGCGAGUUGAUAACUCAAACACCAGCCGCACAGAACACUAAGAGCAGUAAUGCUGUUGGAAUAAUACGGGAAUUUUAACGUAGUCGCCGAAAGGAUUUGGAAGUUAUCAAGCGCACAGUACUGGAAAUAUCAAUCAUCUUGUAACGAUUGACUUGCGAACAUUGUUAUCACAAAGGAAUCAGUGUCUUCGAAAGUUUUUUCUGUGAAAGUUAUUCGGAAUUCAUAACCAUGGCCUCCAUAAGUUCCAUCUUCCUCUACUCCUGGGUAAUAGCCGCCAUAAUUCUGCUGUCUUCGGUGGGCAUAGAAGCGAGAAGGUCUCGUGCUCGUGUCAAUGAUUCGCGUUUUAUGUAUAAAAAGAGCGGUGAGUGUCCAGACAUUGAAGUUGUUAACAGACUAACGAACACAGUUUGUGACAAUGCCGAAUGCGUUUACGACGUGGACUGUGAUGGGCCACACAAAUGCUGCCUCAACAGCUGCGGUGGAAAGUCGUGUUUAGCCCCACAAGAAAGAGCAGUGAUCGAAACAAUUGCUACGGAACCACCAGUAAUAUCUGAGGUGGAUGACCAGUCUGGUUUACUGACGGUUAAUGAAGGGGAAACAGCCAUCCUCUACUGCAAUGCAUCCUCCAGGAUACCUACAUCCUAUGGCUGGAUCCUCAUCCAACCUGGAGCAAGCGUACCCAACAUUGAUGUCUUCCCUCCUGGAUCAACGACGGGGAACAAGAAAGUUUCUAGCGACGGUAGAAUACUCACUGUGUCUGGCGCCCAGAUCCAGGAUACAGCGAACUACGCAUGCGUGGCAGCUUCUUUGCUUGGUUACGUCACCAGGUCAUACCAGCUUUUCGUCCACGCUACCGGGACAGCAGAAAUGCCUUAUCCUCCCGGCACAAUCCAGGGCGAGGAAAAGCUACUCGAUAUGGGGGAACCAGUGAACAGUAACCCGGAUGUAGCUUCCAAUUGGCCCGAACUUGUCAGCCCGUAUCUGAACGAGCUAUCCCAGCGCAUAUCAACGACUCCCCCACCGACGGGGCUGCCUACACCAUCAAUGACUAGCAUGCCUGGGGGAGGGAUGGGCGGUGGACUUGACGGGACGUACGGCACUACAAACUCCGUGUGCCAGCAGCCGAGGAACAAGGGCACUUGCAACAGUCAAGAGCAAAGAUGGUUUUUCAAUACCUCAAAGGGCAAAUGCGAGCCGUUUACAUACAGUGGGUGCAACGGCAAUCUCAACAACUUCCGAACCUAUGACGAAUGCAACCAAACAUGUCCGCUUCUCUCCGACAACCCAUGCGAACAGCCGAUCAUGACCGGACCUUGCCGAGCGCGCUUCAUGAGAUGGGCCUAUGACAGUAACGAGGGAGGAUGCGUGAAGUUCGUCUACGGUGGCUGCAGGGAAAAUGGAAAUAAUUUUGAAUCGAGAGAAGUGUGUGCCGACCGAUGUAUGAAGCCGUUGAUGAUUUAUGACAACUUUCAGCCCUCUAGUGCCCGCAUUGCCGAUUGCCGUUGCGUCAAACCUCGACUCAAAAACUGUUUCUGCGCAUCAGAGUUUGCAAUCGAAGGAACCAUAAUACAGAAGCACAACUCUCUGCGUGGUGACAUCCUUGUCGUUGAGGUCGCCAACGUGUUCAAACAGGGCACUCUGUCGCUGAGGCAGACAGAGAGAUUGACCAACAACGUUACCAUCAUUCGAGAUAUGUCACUGAUAGGCAGGAGUUGCCAAUGCCACAGUCUUGAACCAAAUAGCGUAUCAUACAUCAUCAUGGGUCACGUGAACAUACGGGGUGACGCAGAGAUUGACUCUAACUCUUACGUCAGCGAGGCAACGCGACGAAGGUCAAACAAGCUCGAGACCCAAAAUAUGAGGCCACAGAACUGCAGGCAGGCGUCUCGCCAGAGCCCACGGGAAAGGUCAGGCUCCCGGGGACGCUUAGGACAGUAGCUUGGACAGACGCAGAGGGCGUCGCAGAGUCACCAGACAGUAGUAGCAUAAGAGGAGAUGACCAAAGGAGCGGUCUCGUUCGAGGUGUUUUUCCCUUGCGCCAAUCAAGGACGUUAAGCCCCACCAGGGAUUGUUGCAUAUGAGGCGUCUUUUCGAUUUUCAAACGACUGCGUCAGCGACUUAAACGAUAUUUGAUGCGACCUAUGGGAAACAUCAUGUAAACAGUAACAACCAAAUUAGCAGUGAUAACACUCCACUGCUAUAAUGGCACAUGCACUUAUAGCCUCUACAGGCAUGUUCGGCUUUGGUGUUGAUCUCAUCAAAUGGAUUCUCGUAUGGGACACGCACUACAUAACAUAUUCCCAUCCUGAUACCGCUAGGCAAUUGGGGUGCCCGGGCUUUGCCAAAUGCUUUUGACAAGAUCCUUCUACAAGAUCCAUUUAUAUGGGGCUUUAGCCCGUGAAUUGCUAAAUAUCCACAGGCCAGGAUCAUGUUCCACAGAAAUAACAACAUCUUCAUUAAGCUUCUAUAGACUACAGCCUGAAUUCCGUGGGACAAGUCAGGCACAAUGUUGGAAACCUCUAACAGACAAAUAAAUCGAUAACAGCGAAUACUGCACAGUAAAUAUAACGCCUUCGUCGUGCAAUGAAAAGAAGUGUUUACAAAGAUAUUUCGGAAAAAAUCAACAUGCUCUGACAAAAAAAAGAAAAAAUAUGACACAUAUGAAUCACUCCAGGAUUUAGAAGAAGAUUUAGCCACUACAAUAUGUUUCACGAGAAAAUAGCAAUUAUAGCAGGUUGACUUGUCCCUUGCCUUUUAUACACCCCCACCCCAAAUAAAUUACGAGGGCACUAUAUAUUUACUGUGUAGUCAGUAGCAAUUCAUGUUUUUGAAGUGUUUGCCUGUUAGUGGAGUACAUAACUUGUACCUGACGGAUGGGUUAUAGAAACCAUUGGCGCAG